AUGGCUGCAAACAUGCAGCACAUGAUGAUGCCGCAGGCGCAGCAGCAACAGCUUCGACAACAGGCCCUCAUGUCUCUUCGCCAAAUCGUGUAUACUAGCAUGAAUAACCAUCCGCCUCAACCUCAUGGAUGGCAGGCUAGCUACCCCGUUGCAGACCGUGUGACGAGAGCUACUAAUCUAAUAACAAAUGUCGCCCUGGCUUUGAAUAGUGUGGAUUUGACCAAAGCCACCGACUCUGGCAUCUCGUUCGAACGCGAAGUAUUUUUCAGGUCUCCCACCAAGGAGCUAUACGAGCAGCAGAUGCAAGCGAAGACACAAGAGUUCUUCCGAAAGCGCGAACAAAACGAACCGAAUAUUCGAAAUACCUUAAAUGCGCAGGCUGCCGCUGCCGCCCAAGCACAGGCCGCUGCCCAAGCUCAGGCACAACAACUUCUCAUGAACCAGAACAUGAUGCAGAUGGGACGCGGUAUCGGACCUAACCAAGGCCCUGGCCCUCAACAGGGCUUCCCACAUGUGCAACACCCGAUGCAGGGGGGACAGAUGCCACAACAUCAGGGCCCUAUGUCCAUGAACAUGAACCAAAUAAACAUGGGCAUGCAUAUGGGGAUGCCGGGUCCUGGUGGACAACCGAUGGGUCCGAAUGCCCAGAUGAUGGGAAUGGCAGGUGGCCGACCUGCUCGUCCCCAGCAACCCGGCAAUGCGAACGAUAUGGGCGCUUUCACGGCCCAGGACCGUCAAAGGGCCCUUGAGAAGGCCGUGAAGCUCAUGGCGACAAUGGGGGAGCCCCAAAAGACGAAUCUACGGGCGUCGAUGGCGCGCCGAAUCAGUCCACAACAACUGCAGCUUCUCCAAUCGCAGGGUAGGGACCCCGUCCUCCUAUUCUUGCAGAAUCAGGCACUCCAGGAGAUCCAGAGGGCGAGGAUGGGAAAUGCCGCUGGCCAGAUCAACCCCGCCGCACAAGCAGCUUUGCUCCAGCAACGCCAAAUGAGCCAGGGUGGCCCCAUGCCUGGGGCACCGCAUCAGAUGCCUGGCAAUAAUUUCUCUCAGUUUGCGAAUGUUGGAGACUUAGUGAAUCAGCAGAAAGCUGGUAUUAGGGCGCAAGAGGCUGGUCAGGUAGUUGUCCCGGGCGGUCCACAACAAACCACGCAACCCAAACCUAAUCAACCUAGCCUACCCGUCCAAGGUCAGAUGAAUAUGGAUCAGCAGGCCGCCAUGAACCAAGCACAACUCCGAGCCGCACAAAUGCCAGGGAAGCAGAUAGGCCCCGGACAGCCAGGUCCCAUGACGGGGCCCAUGUCCCAGUCCCAAAGCCCUGCGCAGGUUCCGGCCAAUCGAUCCGCCGGGGAGGGUAACCCCAUGGAAGGACCGCAAGGCAUGAUUCCCGGCCCUGGGCCCUUCCCUGCCGGCCUCGAUCCCCGAUUCAGCCAGGCAAAUAAUCAGCGACAGAUGGCAUCCGGGGCAGGCACUCCUAAUGCGAACCAAACAGCCCUUCACAGCGCUAUUAUCAAUAGCCUAACCCCAGACCAACAGCGCAAUCUAUUCAGCUUCCCGCCCGGCAAGCAGUUUGAGAUCAUCGCCAAGAUUGAGCAGCAGCAGCGUCAAAACAUGGCGAAAAACCUAGGCCAGAUCGGUCCGCGACCUGACGAUCAACAGAUGAACCGAGCCUCGUCUGGAGGGAAUGUACCAGGUACUAUGAUGCCUCAGAACAACGCAAUGAAUGGCGCGCCCCAUCCCGGCAUGCCUGUUGGUGCUGGCCAGCAACAGCUCGUAAAUCAGGCCAUGCUGGAUAGUAUGGAGUUCCCCCGUCCAUUACUCGGGAAUCUCAAAGCCCCCCCCGAACUCAAAACCUACCGGGACGUGAAACAGUGGUGCGCUCAAGAUCCCCGGACCCAGGCUCAGCUGCCUAAGAUUAUGGCUUUGCAGCGGCAGCAAUACAACCACAUAAUGAGAGGACGUGCGAUGCAGUUGGGCCAGAAGUUGCCGCCGGGCAUGAACCCCGCCAUGCCGAUUGCCGGAGGCGCAAUGGCGGGCCAGCCUCUAAAUAUGAGCCCCGAGCUACAAAGACUAAUCCAGGCUCCUAUCACAGACCAAGAGAUCCUUCAAAUUCGAAAUUCGGAUCCUAAAGCGACUGCCAUGUCUGAUGAGGACGUCAGGGCGCACGUAAUCAACCUGAGGAAGCUCCAGUUCAUGAGACAGCAGCAGCAACAGCCGCAGCAACAACCGCAACAACCGCAACAACCAUUGCACCAGCAGCCAGGUUCCCAGCCCGCCCCAGUGCAGGCUCGGCAAGUAUCGGGACCGCCCCAGCAGCAGCAGCCUCAACAACAGCAACAGCAACAGAUGCAGCAACCAGCACACACUCAAACCCAACAACCCGGGGCAGCUCCCGCGACCAAGGGCUCUGGUCCGCAGAAGAAACCAAACGCGACCCCGACCAUGUCAGCGGCUGCCGCAAGAAAAGCGUCGGCUCAACUUAGCCGUACCCAACCCUCGCCGGCUCCUGCUCAAAAGAAUCUCAAGCGGCCUUUCCCCGAAGAAGCCCCAGAGACACCAACGCAACCGAAUGCUCCGGGUGCGGCACAGAGGUCCGGUUCUCAGCAAGGUCACGGCCAGCCAUCGCUGCCUUCGCUCGCAACUUUGACUCCGGAGCAGCGAGCCAAAUAUGAGCAGGCACUUAAAAAUCAGCAGAUGGCCAGUAUGGCAAACCGUUCGCACAACGACGAACUUUCGACAAGACUGAGGGCCAUUUCGGAUGACGAGCAGCGACGAGCAGCCCAGGACCCGGGCAAUGAAGUGCCUCUAUCUCCACAACAGCGGCAGGAACUCUUGGCCAAUAUUGCAAGUCUCGCCUCUGAUUUUGGACGGGUGGGCAAGGUACUGAGCAAGUGGUAUUCGAUUACGCGAGACGACAACCGAGCGAGGCUCUUCUUCCGCACUAGGUACAGAAUGGUGCGCCAGUUUCACGAUGGCGAAAGGCUGAGCCAACCCAAGGAGGCACUAACGAUCACCCCGCUCGAAAUCCAAAGAGGCCGAGACGUUAUGAGGAGCAUCACAAAGGACUGCCAGGCGGCCUUCGCCAAGUCUCACCAAGCGACUAACGCCGCCCAACCUCAGGCCCAGCAGUCAGCCGUGCCUGGAGGAGGUCAAGCUCCUCUUAGCGCCGAAAAUCUCAAGGCUCAAAAUGCUGCGUUGAAUAAUAAGGCCCAACAGCAACAACGACAGCAGCAGCAUAAUGCAGGCCCAAAGACAACCCAAGCCCAGGAGCCGCCUGCUCCAGUUGUGCAGGCACAAGCAGCGGCGACGCAUCAAUUCCAGAUGGGAGCGACUUCUCCUCACGGUCAGCCUAACUACAUGAACAAGGCCAAGGACAUGAACCUUCAUAUCCCGCCUAAGAAGAGAGCCAAACUCAACCACCAGCAGAACCAGCCGCAAACCCCCGCCGCCGGACGACAGCAGCCUUCACCACGCGCGACGAAGGCGACUGCCCCAGAACCCAAGAAGCAAGAGACCAAGGCACAGACUCCGAAGCCCACCUUCUCUUGCACGGAAAUUGAUUGCGAUAAUGUAUUCCCCACGGAAGAGGCCAGGGACGCCCACAUGCAAGCGGAACACAUACAGCCGAGGGAAAAUCCUUUGAAGUUCUUCCAAGAGAACUUGGCCUCCACGUUAGGCCUCGAUCUGGAUGGCAACGUUUUGGGAGAUGUGAGCGCAGCUUCACAGGGCACACCCCAGCCGGGAGCUGCCGUGAUGAGCGCCACCCAGUCCAAGCAGGGUCAGACACCUGCCAGCUUCGCGGCGACACCGAUGUCCCGUGGGCCGUCGAUGAAUCGUUCCGUAAGCGGCACAGGACCCAAGGCGCAAUUGGGCUCUAAAGCGGGAGGCAAAGCCAAGGAUGAUAGAGCGAAGGCGGGUGACAGCAAGGACGCUGUUACUGACAAGGCCGGCUCCGCACCCAAGUCCGGCAUGACUACCGACCCAUAUGCUAACUGCAUUAACCCAAAGACGCUGUUUUCAGGCGUUCCUGGAUUCGAUUGUGUCGCGGGCGGGACCUUUACCGACCCCAGUGUCUAUCGAGCACUAACGCCUAAUGAUACUCCAGAGUCUAGCAAGGAUAGCGGCUCAUCGGAGCCGAACACCGAUCUUCCAGAAUUUGGCGCCGACUUGGAUACGCACUGGCAACCACUGGAUGACGGCUUCAUGAUGGACCUUGGCAACAUCAACAUGGAUAGUUUAGGAACGGGUGGGGUCGACGACCUAGAAAAGUCUCUUCUUCUGAAUGCACAAGGUUCCGUCCCGGGCGCCGACAUCUGCUGGGAAGACGCGAACAUUGACUUCGACAAACCUUUCACCUUUGAUGAUCGACUUUACACCAUGGAUGCGUCGACAUGA